AUGGAAACUAAGCCGACCAGUAGGCAUUCAGAUGGGUACAAAGAAGGAAUGGGUACACUUCAGGACUGGACUACGAAUGAGUUUGAUAUUGGAAACGUUAUGGAAGAUGGAUGUGAGGAAAUUGGUAAAAAGGGUUCUAAACUGGUUCAACCUUCAGCAACACAGGUAAGUUCUUCAAGUAGAGAAUACAAGAAUGGUGUGGACAAGCCCCCUUCAAGGUCACGAGCGAUAUAUUGGACUACUUCCAGACAGAAGUGGAAAGAAAACGACUGUUAUGCUGGUGGUGUUAGUACUAAGCAAGCAGGGUUACAGGAUUACAUGGAAGAUUAUGAGAUUAAAGUUCCUUUCCAGUCUCUUGAAGCUCUAGGGUGCCAUGUUGAUGCAGUUUGCCCCAAAAAGAAGGUUGGUGAUACCUGUCCAACUGCUGUGCAUGAUUUUGAAGGUGAUCAAACAUACAGUGAAAAGCCAGGCCAUGAUUUCGUGUUGACUGCUAAUUUCGAAGGUUUAGACGCAUCAAGUUAUGAUGCUCUUGUUAUCCCCGGAGGACGAGCUCCAGAGUAUCUAGCACUAGAUAAGGAAGUCAUUGCCAUAGUGAAGCACUUUAUGGAAGCCAAUAAGCCUGUUGCAUCUAUCUGCCAUGGCCAACAGAUUUUAUCUGCUGCUGGGGUCCUACAAUGCCCUGGUGUUAUAACUCUUAAAGAAUCAUAG